UGGCCGACUCCGCCGCGGCGGCUGCGGCCUGGGCGGACAGUGUUCGGUGCGCAGGCGCGGAGCUUAGACCUCGCUGCAGCCCCCAUCGCCUCGGGGAGUCGCACCCACGGAGUCCGCCCGCUGACCAGUCAGUGCUCUCCCCCUCACCCACCCUCCCCAGCUGCCCCAGCACCCUACGCACCCCAAUGGCGGAGCUGCGGCCUAGCGGCGCCCCCGGCCCCACCGCGCCCCCAGCCCCUGGCCCUACUGCCCCCCCGGCAUUCGCCUCGCUCUUCCCUCCGGGACUGCACGCCAUCUACGGCGAGUGCCGCCGCCUUUACCCUGAUCAGCCGAAUCCGCUCCAGGUUACCGCUAUCGUCAAGUACUGGUUGGGCGGUCCAGACCCCUUGGACUACGUUAGCAUGUAUAGGAACGUGGGGAGCCCCUCUGCCAACAUCCCCGAGCACUGGCACUACAUCAGCUUUGGCCUGAGCGAUCUCUAUGGUGACAGCAGAGUCCAUGAGUUUACAGGAACAGAUGGACCUAGUGGUUUUGGCUUUGAGUUGACAUUUCGUCUGAAGAGAGAAACAGGGGAGUCUGCCCCACCAACGUGGCCAGCAGAGCUAAUGCAGGGCUUGGCUAGAUACGUGUUCCAGUCAGAGAACACCUUCUGCAGCGGGGACCAUGUGUCUUGGCACAGCCCGUUGGAUAACAGUGAGUCAAGAAUUCAGCACAUGCUGCUGACAGAGGACCCGCAGAUGCAACCCGUGCAGACGCCCUUUGGCAUUGUUUCCUUCCUCCAGAUUGUUGGUGUCUGCACUGAAGAGUUGCACGCAGCCCAGCAGUGGAAUGGACAGGGCAUCUUGGAGCUGCUGCGGACAGUGCCUGUCGCUGGCGGCCCCUGGCUGAUAACUGACAUGAGGAGGGGAGAGACCAUAUUUGAGAUCGAUCCACACCUGCAAGAGAGAGUUGACAAAGGCAUCGAGUCAGACGGCUCCAACCUGAGCGGUGUCAGUGCCAAGUGUGCCUGGGAUGACCUGAGCCGGCCGCCUGAGGAUGAUGAAGACAGCCGGAGCAUCUGUAUCGGCACGCAACCCCGGCGGCUCUCUGGCAAAGACACAGAGCAGAUCCGGGAGACCCUGAGGAGAGGACUCGAGAUCAACAGCAAACCCGUUCUCCCGCCAAUCAACCCUCAGCGACAGAAUGGCCUCACCCACGACCGGGCCCCGAGCCGCAAAGACAGCCUGGAAAGCGACAGCUCCACGGCCAUCAUCCCGCAUGAGCUGAUCCGCACGCGGCAGCUCGAGAGCGUACAUCUGAAGUUCAACCAAGAGUCAGGAGCCCUCAUUCCUCUCUGCCUGAGGGGCAGACUCCUGCAUGGACGGCACUUUACAUAUAAAAGUAUCACAGGUGACAUGGCCAUCACGUUUGUCUCCACGGGAGUAGAAGGUGCCUUUGCCACUGAGGAGCAUCCUUACGCGGCUCAUGGACCCUGGUUACAAAUUCUGUUGACUGAAGAGUUUGUAGAGAAAAUGUUGGAGGACUUAGAAGAUUUGACUUCUCCAGAGGAAUUCAAACUUCCCAAAGAGUACAGCUGGCCCGAGAAGAAGCUGAAAGUCUCCAUCCUGCCUGACGUGGUGUUCGACAGUCCACUGCACUAGCCUGGGCUGGGCCCUGCAGGGGCCGAGGGGGAGCCCAGCCGCUCCCCAGUGACUUCCAAUGUAACAAAUGCAGAAAAGAGAGUCCCACGAAUAAAAGGAGACAUGUGAGGAUGACUGUGCAGCCUCUGCACCCUGCACCCGCAGCCCGGUGGGAUGCCACGCCCAGGCCAUGCCCCCUACCCCACCCCCGCUGACCUCCAGCUCCGAGCG